CUGCAGGCCAGGAAGGCGAGCAGCAGCAUCCACGCCUCGCCCCCAUGCACGCCCGCACCGCGCUCCGUGGCAGCCGCCUCCCGGGCCGGACGCUGGCUGGGCGGGCCGUGGUGCUCCUCUCCCUGACCUGGAGCGCUUACCAGAGCCUGGCCAUCCCCCAGAUUGCAGAAUGUGGCCUCUCCUGUUCUCAGGGCUUCGCCUGCAAGAGCCGAGUGAACCGGAGUAUUUUUAACAGCUUCUGCCGGCAGUCCCCCACGUCCAUGUCCAGGUCCGUCCUGGAGGCCCUGACCGUGUCCACCGCCAUGAGGUGCGCCCCCCGGGAUGGCUGCUCCCUGCUGCUGCGCGUGCAGGCCUCCCUGACGCUGCACGAGAGCCUGCGGGGCCUGGAGGCCUGCUCCAUGAGGCUGGACACCCAGGAGACCCAGUGUCAGAGCGUUCGGAUCUCCAGGGUCUCCCGCCAACGACACGCAGGGCAGCAGCUCCAGGUGCACUUUGAUUGCUUCGAAGUUAGCGUGGCUCAGAGCCUCUACGUCACCCUGAGGACAGUCCCCUACUUCUGUGGGGUCCAGCUGGACCAACAAUACCAUGUGGAAGACUGCAGAGACAACGACGUUGGGAGGAACUUGCCCUUCUGCUUUGACGGGAAGUUCUCCUACUCGGUGGACCGCGGCCGCAAGGUCAUUCUGGUACAAGUGCCAGAGGCCCCUGGGGACUCCGACUACUACGUGCGGCUCUGCCUCAAGUGGUUCGCCUGCGAGGACGUGGGGGCCCCAGUGCGGGUGAGCGGGGUCUCCGGCGCCAUCUCUCUGCCCUACAGCCAAGAGCUGCCUUGCCUGUGCCUUGAGGGCUGGGCUGCGACCCCCGACGCAGUGCGGAUGCAGGCCUGCCCGUUCGAAAAUGACACGGAGGCGCUGUGGGACGCCAUCCGCUACCACCCCGGGAACCAGGCGCUGAGCUGGGAGCCCGCCUGCCCCGUGAGCGCCCACGUGAGCCUGUGCUGGCGCCCGGAGCCAGGGGCCCGAUGCCACGAGCUGGAGCACUCGGGCCGGCCCGCCCGAGGCAGGGUGCAGUACCCGCUGGUGGACACCCAGCCCCAGCUCUGCCUGAAGUUCUCCACCAGCCUGGGCUUCUGGGUGAGGUGCCCUUUCGAACAGCGACCCUUCCCAGCCUGGAAGAUGACCGUCCAGCCAGCGGCGUCCCAGGGCCACCUCCGGGUCACCUUCUUUUCGCCCAGCGCUGCCAGCUUCACGGUGCACCUGUGUCACCAAAGGAAGACAGGGCCCCCUGCCUGCGGCCCAGCGUUCCAGGCCACGCCCCUCCCUCCAGCCUCAGGCGACUUCAUGGCUGACCCCGCAGUUGCCUUCGUGGACAUUCCCAGGGAUGAGGCCUGUGACGCCGGCACCUGCAUCCAGGGCUGGAGGACUGACGUGCACUUCUCCGCCCCCCAGCAGCUAUGUGACCUUCAGUGCACUGCCACCCAGGGGACAGCAGAUUGAGACCAGGAGCCUCAUGGAGCACAAGCAAGCGCCCUGGGGUGCUGAGGAGGCCAGCUCACACCUGGGCCCCUGAGCCUCUGGCCGCAGAAGCCAGGCCUCAGAACUCGGAGGGGGCUCCGCUGGACACGGGCCGGGGGGCCAGCCGCCUUCCGUCUCCCCCGCCGCCUACGCUCCCUGGGGGCUCUCAAGCUGGACUGAGGGCUUUGGGUCAGAUGAAGGACCUUCAGACCCUUUCUGAACCCCCUUUCUGAAGGCCUCCGGAAUGGCUGGGAGGGCUGCUACUCUCCUGGCUGGCCUGGCCUCUGACCUGUCCUGUCUCAGCUUGGUGCGUGCUCCCUCUGGACCACCUAUGGUCAAGGCCACCACCCUUGGCCCCUGCCUGGUGGCCACCAGAGCUUUCCCAGGGCCCGGAGAGCAGCGUGUGACCCCUUGCUGUGGCUGACGAGGCUGUUGGCUCAGGACCACCCCCAGCUCCUGCGCAGAGCGCUCCCACACCGGCUGUCCACGCCCUGGAGGCCCCCACCGCCCCGGCUGGGCCUCCACCCUGCCCCCUGCACCCGCCUGCCCAGAGCUCAGGUCACCUCCCGCAGCCCAGCGAGUCUGGCGAAGGAUGGUCACUUCCUGUGGCCUCAGGAGCCACCCGCCAGGAUGUGCCAUUCGCAGAAGUAUCAUUCUCAUCGAGGGCCACUGUGUGCCAUCUGUGCUCAAGGGACCCCUGGCCCUGCAGCGUGAUCUCCACACCCUGGGCCAGGGUCGCCUAGCAGCCAGCCCAGGAGAUGUGUCCCCAAAGGACCACCAGGCCGCCCCUCCUACACCUGGAGUCCGGCUCCAUGUCCACCUGACCACAGUGACCCCGAGACAGACGCCUGGCCGGGUGCCCCAUCGAGCUGCCAUGUUCAAAUGCACACCCCCUCCCAAGCCGGGCCCUGCUGCACCCCCUUCCCGCCUUGUGGGCCGCUGCCCGCAGCAGACUAGGGGCUGGCAGACCCAGUAAACGCUUGUCCACGCA